AAAGUCACCGAACCAAAGCCAGCCAUUACCAAUGCUGCUUCCUCUUCCUCCUCCUCCACCUCAACUGCUCAUGCUCCUUCCACUCCCCUCCUCCUGCUCCCAAUCCUCUUCCGCCCCGCGCCUCCUGAUCGGCUGAUCACACUCGCUCCCGCGCCAUGGGUGGCCGCGCCUCCCGCCACCGCGCGCAGCAGCAGGACCAGUCCUCCCACCACGCCUCCUCCCGUCCUCCGCCGCCGCCGCCGCCCAAGCAGCAGCAGCAGCACCACCACCACCCCAAUAAGCCCAAGCAGCAGCAGCCCCCACCUCCGCGUCCUCCGCCGCCACACCAUGCUCCUCCCCCCGCCCCCGCCCCCACCCAGGGCGGGGCGACCAACAUCGGCCGCGUGCUGGGGCGGCCGAUGGAGGACGUGCGGGCAUCCUACACGUUCGGGCGUGAGCUAGGCCGGGGCCAGUUCGGCGUGACCUACCUAGCCACGCACAAGCCCACGGGCCGCCGCUACGCGUGCAAGUCCAUCGCCACCCGCAAGCUCGCGCACCUGGACGACGUGGAGGACGUGCGGCGGGAGGUGCAGAUCAUGCACCACCUCACGGGCCACCGCAGCAUCGUCGAGCUCCGGGGCGCCUACGAGGACCGCCACUCCGUCAACCUCGUCAUGGAGCUCUGUGAGGGCGGGGAGCUCUUCGACCGCAUCAUCGCCCGCGGGCACUACUCCGAGCGCGCCGCCGCGUCGCUCUGCAGGGAGAUCGUCUCCGUUGUUCAUAGCUGCCACUCCAUGGGGGUCAUGCAUCGGGACCUCAAGCCUGAGAACUUCCUCUUCCUUAGUAAGAGGGAGGACUCGCCGCUCAAGGCCACGGAUUUUGGGCUCUCCGUCUUCUUCAAGCCCGGCGAGCAGUUCAGGGAUCUUGUCGGGAGCGCCUACUACGUCGCCCCGGAGGUGCUCAAGCGGCGAUACGGAGCUGAGGCGGACAUAUGGAGUGCCGGAGUUAUCCUCUACAUCCUGCUAUCCGGCGUUCCUCCUUUCUGGGCCGAGAACGAGGAUGGCAUAUUUGAUGCUGUUUUGCGAGGUCAUAUUGACUUCGCAUCUGAUCCCUGGCCUUCCAUAUCGAAUAGCGCAAAAGAUUUGGUCAAGAAGAUGCUGCGCCAAGAUCCCAAGGAGCGGCUUACUGCUGCUGAAAUUUUGAACCAUCCAUGGAUUAGGGAGGAUGGAGAGGCGCCAGACAAGCCAAUAGACAUUACAGUAAUAAGCAGAAUGAAGCAGUUCCGGGCAAUGAACAAGCUUAAGAAGGUUGCCUUGAAGGUCGUUGCAGAGAACUUGUCAGAGGAAGAGAUUGUGGGCUUGAAAGAAAUGUUCAAAUCCCUGGAUACUGAUAACAGUGGGACAAUAACGCUGGAAGAACUGAGAGCUGGUUUACCAAAGCUCGGCACCAAAAUCUCUGAAUCAGAAAUAAGACAGUUGAUGGAAGCGGCUGAUGUUGAUGGAAAUGGUACCAUUGAUUAUGUUGAAUUCAUAUCAGCAACAAUGCACAUGAAUAGACUAGAGAAAGAGGAUCACAUUUUUAAAGCAUUCGAGUAUUUCGAUAAGGACCAUAGCGGGCACAUUACAGUUGAUGAGUUGGAAGAAGCUCUGAAGAAGUAUGAUAUGGGUGAUGAAGCAACAAUUAAAGAAAUUAUUGCUGAAGUAGAUACAGAUCAUGAUGGGAGAAUCAACUACCAGGAGUUUGUUGCCAUGAUGAAGAAUAAUAGCUCUGAUAUUGUUCCCAAUCGGAGGCGCAUGUUUUAAGUCUCUCCUACAUUUAAUUGAAAAAAAAGGCUUCUAAGAUAUUUCCAGGGUCAGAGAGGAGAGCAACUACUACUCUGAAGUGGAACUCAGCCAGGCAUCUGUGCAAUGAUAUUCCAUACUUGGACAAGUUACCAAUCAUGGUUUACUGCCUUUGUGUGCCCAUCUACAUGGAUGGUAGGAGGUUCUUUCUGGUGCUUCCAUGUUCUACCAUCUCAUCUUACGAUUUUUCCAUGUAUCCUUAAUGAGGCGUGCCUUAUGGUCUAAUGUUUCCUUCCUACUGGAUCUUUUAUGUAAGAAAUGGGCUUCUAAAACAGUUCCAAAUUAUCAUAUAGUAUCAGGCAAAAAGUAAUGCACUAAUGCGAUGUGCCUUCUGAUCC